UGCAAUGUUUGGGAAAUUGGGAGUAUUUUCAUGGCUCGACAGAAUAUCGGCGCCAUCUCCCAGAAGUCCUAAAUAAAAAACGAAUCAUAUGUACAUUUUCUCCUCUCCCAAUAUAUAAAAUGGCAGAUGAGUGCCAACGGUUAUUAGACAGGCAGUAACCGAUAAUAAUAUUAAAAAAAACAGUGUCCAGGUGAUAAUAAAAAACCUCAAAAUCAAAACUUUCGACGAUUGUUUAUCGCUGUUGAUUAUUAUCAGCGGUUUGUAACUUGAAAUGACACAAUGUCAGUGAAUUUUCGGGAAACGUAGACGUCAUUUUUUUUAUUGGUAAACAAUUAUUUCAGGUGAUUUUUUUAUACUAAAAGAACUUGAAAAUUCUCGUCACUCCGGAUUGUUAAGAUAAUCUCAGCAUUUGGUCCAGUAAUAGGGGAUUGUUCUAGAUGUUGAAAAUUUAAACGACGAAAUGGCACCCAGGAGGGCUGAGGAUUUGCCGAUUAAAAGAAUUGCAGCACCAGGAUGUCGUCUCCCAACUCGUCUACCUCUCGACGAAAUAUUGACUGAUAUUACACAGAAAGACUGGAGACUUGGACCGCGUCUCGGUUGCGGAGGUUUCGGAGACAUUUAUCUUGCGUCAGAAGAAAUUCACAAAGCUGUGGGACAAGAUGCCAAAUACGUAAUAAAGAUUGAGCCCCACCACAACGGACCACUCUUCGUAGAGAUGAACUUCUACAUCAGAGCAGCCCGUCAGCACAUGAUAAAAAAAUGGUGCGAUAGCCAGAGCCUCUCAAGAAUAGGAAUUCCGAGUUACGAAGGCUCAGGAUCCCACAUUUACAAAGGGGAACGUUUUCGUUUCCUGGUGAUACCACGUUACGGUAUCGACGUGGGUCAAUUAUUUCAGAAUUACGGUAGAAAACUCCCGACAAAAUUGGUGAACAACUUGGCAGGUCAGAUGCUGGACGCCCUGGAGUACAUCCACAGUCACGGAUACGCCCACUCAGACGUAAAAAGUUCGAAUAUAAUUCUGGAGGAUGUGCCGACGAUCUCAGAGAAUCCCCGAGCCUAUUUGGUAGACUAUGGACUGGCCUAUCGUUUUCGAACGACAGCUGGUGCUCACAAGCCAUUCGUUCACGACGAAAGGAGGGCCCACGAGGGAACUCUCGAAUUCACCUCCAGAGAUGCCCAUCAUGGCACUCACUCCAGACGAGGGGACAUGGAGACUCUGGGGUACAAUAUCCUCCAGUGGCUCUGCGGUAGACUCCCCUGGGAGAGGGAGCAGGGAGGAAUGUCACCCACUAGCAAUCCUGACGACAUUCACAGCCAGAAGGAACUCUUUCUAUCGGACAUUACAAAUUUCAUGAAAGUCUGCUUUCCAGAUCGAAAAAAACCACCUGCUGCUAUCACUGCCUAUAUGAAGUACAUCGCAACUCUGGAUUUCGAGGCUAAACCCAAUUACUCUUACCUCAGGAGUUUAUUUACACCCAGGGGUAAAGCCGAGAGGGAGGGGCUGGCGUCGAGCCUUGGAAAGAGACUUGUGGCUGAUGAGAAUAUCAGUUAUCUCAGGCCCAAGAAGAUGCCCUACUUGAGGGAGAGGAGACCCUGCAAACCUGUCAACUGCGAGGGGAGAAUAACGAGGAAUCAUCAGGCACUUGUGGAGACUGAAAAAUUUAGCUGGGAAGAGGUACUUGCCCGGCAUCCUGAUAAACUUGCUAAAAUCAGUGUUGUACAGACCAAUGGGGACGAUGUUAUCCACAGCUUAACUCCUCCACCAUCACCUCCACCACCUUCUUUGCCCACUUAUGCCAUGCUGCAUGUGCUGCAGAGGAUGAAAGACAGGCAGACAGGGACUUAUAGGCACAAAUCUAAAUUUAAUGAAGAGCUAAAGGCUAAAUGGAUGACACCGGCCAUGGAGGAGGUUGCGCAAUUGAAGAAGAAAGUUCAAUCGGUAAUUUCAAUGACAGAGAAGCCAAUUUCUCCAAGAAUCACGCGUUCUCGCGUGGCUAGAUUGAAUCGUAAGUAGUGGAAGAAUUAAAUUUCCUCAACAACUUCCAACAACAAUAGGAAAUAAACCCGAACAAAAAAAUCGGCCUUGAAUCUUCUCAAUGAACUUACUCCGCAAAUGGCAUCGCACGUAUUGGUAAAAUUCAAUAGAAAAACCCAAUGCUUUCUCUAUUAAUUCUGUAAAAUACUAUUAAAGUUCAAAUUCUGAAUUUUAAGGUGUUGCCAUAGAAAUUCUGUCAUGAAAGUUGUUGUAAUAAGGAAAAAUUGGGGAGGAAAUAAAAAAAGUAAAAUAAAAAUCCAUUGACCAUUCCCUAUGCAAUUCCAAUAGAAUUUAAUCCGAAUUUUUUGAGAGAGCAUUGGUUUUUUUUUGGAUAUCUCCAUACGUGAGAAUAUUGUAUUACUUAGUAUUUUUACUAUUAGUGAAUUUAUAGUCGAUUCCAGUCAGGUAUCUCUCUUUUUUGACGAGUAUGCUGUAAGAAAUCAUUCGAAUUAAUCCUCAUUACGUGAACAUUGAGUCUCGCCAAUUCUAUAAGACUGCAUUAUUUUCACUGAGUUUUUAUCGGCGGUAAUUCAGGAAAAUGUGAAACGAUAAAUCGCCCUUCAUCAUUUUCUAUAAAAUAUUUGAGCAAUUCAGUAGUGAAGAUCAUAACUAGGUCACAUUUAGAAGUAAGAAUAAACUGAGAUUGUGGUAAUAACUUUUUUUCUAAAUAAACAGAGAAAAAGCUAAUGAUCUCUAUUUCAUUGACACAUCCUAUCCCUUCACUACUGAAUCUAUCAAUCUUCCAUCGUUAUUCCAGACAAGCACAAGACCAUCGAUAUUGCAUUGAUAAUGUUUAGAUACACCUUUAAUUAUAUCAGUCUAGUAAUCAGUGUAAUGCUGAUUUUAUUGUGAUUUGUACAUCUCUUGACGUGAAUUAAGCUAAUCAUUGGGGUAGAUUAUUUUUUUAUUGCCAGUUUUUUUUUCAGUCACAAUUUUUUUUUGUUAUCGAAUAAAUUUUUAUGUUGUAUUUGUCAAAUGUAUAUGAUUUUUAUAAUGAAUUAAUUUUUUUCUCUGCAUUCUCUGCAUCGAGCUCAGCGGCUCCAGCGGAUUGUACAUCUUUUGAAUUAAUUGAUCAAGUGAAUUUCCACGAAGAGUAUAAAUGAUUUUGUGAUUUCCCCGUUAAAGAUUUCUUCCAGCGUAUGGAGAUGAAACGGAUGCAGAUGGCUUUUGUCUAGUGUCGUUUACGCAGCGUUAAUGUAUCGAUAUCUACGUGUAGAAAAAUAUUAAAGCGAAACUCGUUAAUCAUGAAUUCUGUAAUAUUCGUAUUAUUAAGUAUGUCAUUGUCAUGUAUGUAAAUAUAUAGGCACCAUGUAUUGGAAUGGGA